CAGGAGAACGUCCUGGUGGGUGGUUUUUUCGUGAUCUCUGGCUAUGUGUCUGCUUACACUACCACAAAACUUGGCGCGCUGGGAGUAGAAGAGAAGAAAGUGGCAAAUCCGGAGCUCUUUUUCUGGCAGAGAGUCAUGGCCUACUAUCCUCUUCAUUUCCUUUCCUCAGCAAUUUUUGCGCCGAUGUUCAUUUGGGUGGAGAGGAACUUCAACGCAACCUGGAACAUGAUUGCCUUCCGCGCCUUCUUGAACUUCAGCAUGUUGCAGGCCUGGUUCCCCAAGGAAGCAGAGAUCUGGAAUCAGCCCACCUGGUUCCUGUCGGCCCUGACCUUUUCGAAUCUCACUAUGCCCACUUUGGUCUUGCCAAACGUGGCCAACCUCUCCAAGAAGGGUUUGCAGAAGCUCUUGGCUGCCUUGUGGGGAGUGUCGCUGCUGCAGAAGGUCUCCUACUCUGAGACAGCACGCUUCCACAGCAGCAAGGAACACCCAGUGGACGGGAAGGUCAUGAUGCCCUUGAUCUGGAACUUGACUCGUUUCCACCCAAUCUGGGCACUCUUUGAGAUGACCACUGGCAUCAUUGCGGCUCGUCAUGUGAUGCUUGACACUGAGGAGGACAAGAGGAACAAACCCAUGAAUCCAAUUUGGUUGUUCUUGGCUGCCUAUUCCUCAUUGGCACUUCGUCUCACGAAGUAUGACUUCAACGAUGCCAUCAUCCGUGGAGUGCUCUUUGUGCCACUUUUCACGGAGUUCUUGACGGCCAUGCACCGAGAUGCGUUGACUGCCCAACCUUCCGCCAUCACCAGAUUCUUCGGAUGCAAGAUCAUGGCCACUCUUGGUUCCUUAGCUUUCCCAAUGUUCAUCGUGCACGGACCAAUCGGACAAAUCUUCUACAAGAAGGCUAUUGCCAAGAAGCUGUGGGGAAAGCCAAUGCCACAUGCCUUCUUCCCCUUCUAUUUGGCGAUUUGCUUGGGUCUCAGCCACCUGGUGAACGAACACUUCGUGAAGAACAAGAAGGUGGGUGCCUUUGCCGGCAAGAUCGCCCAGAAGCUGGCAGGUUGGACUGAGGGUAUGCUCAGGGAUCGUUGAGCUGUCAACAGCAGCAGUUUGAAGAAUUCUUUUCUCGGCGUUGCAUUGAGGAACGGCCAAUCCACCCGGGGUUGUGCCGAGGCUCCUGCAAUUCCAGUGUUGGCCCAUCGCCAACAGUUCCAACAGUGACCACCAACCAAGGUUGGAGGUCCUAGGUCCUAGAGAUCUGAUCAUUUCUGGCGGCGACCAACGCGAACCGCUAAGAAAAA